AUGGCACAAUUACAACGAAUAAAAAUAUGUAUCAUUAUUCUCUAUUGUUUAUUAUAUUCGACAUUUGGAAGUCCUGAUGAACGGCGUUUAUUGAAACAUCUACCCAUUGAACAGCAAUAUAACAAACUUGAACGACCUGCUCAAAAUGCUUCAGAACCUGUGUCUGUCAGCAUAGGAUUUACUCUGAUGCAAAUCAUGGACUUUGAUCCGAAGAAGCAAGUUCUUGUAACCAACGCCUGGAUGACUCUCAUAUGGCAAGAUUACAGUAUGACCUGGAAACCACAAGAUUUCGGUGGUAUUGCAACGAUAGUAUUACCGAGCACAACAAUUUGGAUUCCAGAUAUUGUUCUAUAUAACAGUGUCGAUGAGAAGUUCAACAGUCCCAUGGAAACAAAUGUGGUUAUACAACAUACUGGAGAUGUUCUGUAUGCUCCACGGAAAAUCUUCAAGUCAAGUUGUUCAUUCAGUACUGGAUCGAUCCCGUUUGAUACACAUUCCUGUACUUUGAAAUUCGGAUCUUGGACAUUUGACAGUUCGAAAAUCAAUCUGACCUUUAAAGACGAAGUCAAUGAUAUUGACGUGAGUUCAUAUGUCAACAAUACCGAAUGGGAACUGAAAGGUACUUCUGCAGUUCGCAAUACAAUGAAAUACGACUGUUGUCCAGAAAUAUAUAUAGCCAUCGUGUUUACCAUUCGAAUUAGUCGGCGUUCUAUUGAUUAUUUCACAACAUUGAAUGAUACAAUAAAAACAAACACGGCUGGCACGCAACACAGUGGAAACAAGACGAAAGAUUCAAAGAUCGUGAACAAGAACAAAAAAAAGUUUGAUGAUAUGGUCAAGAAGCAAACCUAG